GGCUCUAAGGACAUGUAGAGGCAAUGAAAUAAAGACUCCUAGUAAAUAGAUUAAGGAGGUAAUCAAUGUUAGGAUCCAAUUCUAUAUACUGUAUUGCUUGAGUUAGAAUUGAAGGACUGCUAUAAUUUCUUGCAAAAAAAGCUGUCAUCUAAAGGAACAUCUAAAGGAAACCAAAUUCUGCAGACAGAAGACUUCAGACUGCUUAAUAAUGCUACCUACGUUCACAAUCGUGAAGAUGUAACCAAACUGACGAAUCGACUAUAUUUCUUGCUUAGGGCAUCGACACCGUUGCCACAAAGUCCUGCAAAGGAGCACCAUCGGCGAUCUGCAGCCAUUAAGAUCUAGCUGGGAAAACCAAAAGACCCUCAUUAUUUUCCCCGUGCAGAAGCAUAGAGCUCCUUGGGUAAAGAUCGAAGCUCUUUUGGUAGAACGGUGGCGGUAGCUCCCUCUGCAGUUCCUGUCCAAUCGUGGUGUGACGAGCAGCAGCAGGCGUUUCCCUUCGCAGCCUUCCAGAUUCACGCUGCUGCUAUUGACUAUCGGGGCACGCCGUCGGAAGAAAGAGAUCCGCUCACGAGCGGAUUCUACCCGAGUCUGCAGCAUUAAACGCGCGGAGCAGAAGAGAACGUGGGCUAAGGCAUGGGCCCCAAAACCGUCGGUGUCAGCUGCAGGUUUUUCGCGUUGCUGAUCAUGAGCAUUUUCUUAAGCUUGACCUGGGCAGCAAGGGCCCAACCGGUCGUCCCCUGCAAGGCCCCGCUGCAAUGGGAGGGCCGCAUGGUGGAGUACGACCACAGCAACGGCAGGAAUAUCCGUGCCAUGGUGUCUUACGAUAGUCCCAACCAACGCCUCCGUGUUCUAGAAGAAAAAAAGAGGUUCAUCCCUUGCAGAAAAUUUUUUGAAUACAUAUAUCUUUAUAAAGAUGCAGUGAUGUAUCAGAUUGAACAACUGACAAAGCUGUGUUCAAAGAUUUCUUUGAGUGAGCCUUGGGAUCCUUAUGACAUUCCUGACAACUCAACUUAUGAAGAUCAGUACUACAUCGGAGGACCAAGUGAUCAAAUUAUGGUCCAGGAAUGGUCUGACAGGAAGCCAGCUAGGAAACUUGAAAAUUGGGUGGGAGUUUACACAAUCAAGGACUGUUACCCAGUUCAGGAAACCUACACCAAGAACUACAGUGUGACAACCUCCUCGCGUUUCUUUGACCUCAAGCUUGGAAUAAGUGACCCAUCUGUUUUCAUCCCUCCCAGCACUUGCCAGACAGCUCAGUCAGAAAAGAUGACUUAUGUAUGCUGAUGGUUGAUCUUGGUUUCUACAUUGCAUAUAUUUAUAUGGCAGCCCAACUCAGACCUGAUGACUCCAAGUACCAUGCAUAAUUAAAAAAACAACAUAAAAACCCCGGGAGACUACUCCCACAUGAUCGUAACAACUGCAAACAUGUGGAGCCAUUGACCAUCUCUGGAUCAGUCUGGGAUCCCCAGGCCUGCUGACAGAACCAUAUCUUCAGGGCUUUCUGGAAAAAUAGCAAAGAAGGGGCCAACUUAUUUCCAAGGAAAUGAUAUUUCAGAAGAAGGGAGCCACUAUAGAGAAAGCCCUUUUUCUAGGUCCUGUUUGAUGAAUCUUCUUAAUAGAUGGGACUCACAAUAUAGCCUGCUGUCCCACUUUGGUGAACAGGAUAGAUGAAAAAGGUUUCUCUCAAGAGUCAUUUAAAAUUCAGGUGAAUUUUUGUGAUAAUGAGAAACUAUAUAUAAAUCUUAUUUUCCUGUAUGAAAAGAUCUAUCUGAUGCUCUUCUUGUCUUCAUAGUCACUAUUAAAAUAUGUACAAUGUCUUCUCAGGAAAUUUUAAAACAUUCUUAAGAAAUAUGCAACAUAUCGUUAUUAUUAUUCUGAUAGUCUAGAAGAGAAGUAACUUUAGUGAAGAUUAUUGUUAUAUCAGCAAGACUAAGGAAAAUCACCAGAAUCACUAUUGUUAGUUUUGGAAACGGAAACAAAUACAAGAAGAAAAAAGUUUUAAUGGGUCAUACAAAAGACUGUUCUUUAUAUAAUCAAAAUUAAAUUACAGAUAGUCCUCCAGUUACAACAAUUCACUUAGCAAUGGUUCAAAGUUAUGACAUUUUUGCUGAAAGUACUUAUGACCCAGUCCCAAAGUCACAUAUGUUGUAGCACCACAGCAGUUGUUCACCCUUACAACUGAGAUACAGAGAUGCUGCAAUAUGUUCCCUGUCUGUUUUCCCCCACCAUGGCCUGCCAGAUCUCUGCAGGAAUUGAGUUUACUUUGGUAGCUCAUUGCAUUCCACAUGCUCCUCCCUACCUGUUAUUGACCUCUCAUUUGCCUUUGGAAGAUGUCCAGAGCUCAAAACAUCAAUGCGAAGCUGUUUUCCUUAGACCUUGUGUUCUUAUACAUACUUCCAUCCUCUUUGGAAAAACUUCUGCAAUUUGCGAGCACUAGGUUUGCCUCUCCCAUUCCCCACUGAGCCCCAGCCUAUCUCACAAGUGGGCGUGGCUCUGCCAUUUACUGGAAUGCUGAACCUGCCUAGUUGUUGCCAAUUGCGCACAAAGGGAGGCCUUGGGUGUCUUGUCCCUGCACUAGACUUUCAAAGACCCUCUCCACUCCUGAGGUACCUGAUAUGUUCUUAACAACUUGCUCAUUUGAUUAAUGAAUGCAUUAGAAAGAGGGGUGGAUGGCCUCGUUCCUUUAAU